AUGGCCCACCGAUUUCCAGCCCUCACCUCAGAACAGAAGAAGGAGCUCUCAGAAAUCGCCCAGCGCAUUGUUGCCAAUGGGAAGGGGAUCCUGGCUGCAGAUGAGUCCGUAGGCACCAUGGGAAACCGCCUGCAGAGGAUCAAGGUGGAGAACACUGAGGAAAACCGCCGGCAGUUCCGGGAAAUCCUCUUUACCGUAGACAACUCCAUCAACCAGAGCAUCGGGGGCGUGAUCCUUUUCCAUGAGACCCUCUACCAGAAGGACAGUCAGGGGAAGCUGUUCAGAAACAUCCUCAAGGAAAAGGGGAUUGUGGUGGGAAUCAAGUUAGACCAGGGAGGUGCUCCCCUUGCAGGAACCAACAAAGAAACCACCAUUCAAGGGCUCGAUGGCCUUUCUGAGCGCUGUGCCCAGUACAAGAAAGAUGGUGCUGACUUUGGGAAAUGGCGUGCUGUGCUAAGGAUUGACAACCAGUGUCCAUCCAACCUUGCCAUCCAGGAAAAUGCCAAUGCCCUGGCCCGCUACGCCAGCAUCUGUCAGCAGAAUGGGCUGGUACCCAUUGUUGAACCAGAGGUACUUCCUGAUGGAGACCAUGACAUGGAACACUGCCAGUAUGUUACUGAGAAGGUCCUUGCUGCUGUCUAUAAGGCCCUGAAUGACCAUCAUGUUUACCUGGAGGGCACCUUGCUGAAGCCCAACAUGGUGACCGCUGGACACGCCUGUACCAAGAAGUAUAUGCCAGAGCAAGUGGCUAUGGCCACUGUCACAGCUCUGCACCGUACUGUUCCUGCAGCUGUUCCUGGUAUCUGCUUUUUGUCUGGUGGCAUGAGCGAAGAGGAUGCUACUCUCAACCUCAAUGCUAUCAACCUUUGCCCUCUACCAAAGCCCUGGAAACUAAGUUUCUCCUACGGACGGGCCCUGCAGGCUAGUGCACUGGCUGCCUGGGGCGGCAAAGCUGCAAACAAGAAGGCGACCCAGGAGGCUUUCAUGAAGCGGGCCCUGGCUAACUGCCAGGCAGCUAAAGGACAGUAUGUUCACUCCGGCUCUUCUGGUGCUGCUUCCACUCAGUCUCUCUUCACAGCCUGCUAUUCCUACUAG